AUGGAGAGCGGCGGAUCCUGGGCUCACCAUCUGGAGCCGCUACGCGAGCAGGUCGAUUCGCUUGCGCACUGGCGGCUAUUGCGAGUCUCUGUGGUGCACUGGUUCGUGCUCGCGAUAUGGUCCGCAAGCCUGUGGCGGUUCACCAGCGUGUACCGGGAACUGUAUGGGAAGUCUGCGCUAGUGGCCAGCUUAUGCACCAACGUCUUGCUAUACGGAAUCUCGGACGCGCUGGCACAGGCGAUCCACUGCUACGCGGCAGAGGCAGUUGACCCGCUGCCGCCGAUCGUAGGCAGCACCGCUCGCAACCUGGUGGACAUCGAUAGCGAUAACCUGUCGGUGUUCAAUGAUUACGGCGGCGGAGCCGCCGUAAUCGGAUCUAUGAGCGUCGAGGAGGAUGGGGAGGAUGCGCCAGACACUUACUUCUUCGACUUCUAUCGUUGGGUCUGUUUCAUGGCGUGGGGCUUCACGCUCUCGUUCUUCCAGGUUCCCUGGUACAAGUUCUUGAACUUCUUCUAUACGGAGGACCCGACAGUGGUUCAGGUGCUGGAGCGCGUGUUGUCGGAUCAACUGCUCUAUUCGCCCGUGUCCCUUUACUGUUUCUUUAUGUACUCGAGCUAUGUGAUGGAGGGCGGCGACGCGGCCGCGUUCGGCAGGAAGAUCCAGCGGCUGUAUGUGUCGACGCUCGGGUGCAACUACCUGGUUUGGCCGGCGGUGCAGUUCGUCAACUUUCUGGCGGUGCCCAAACACCUGCAGGUGCCGUUCAGCUCGUCGGUCGGGCUGGCGUGGAACUGCUUCCUGUCGAUGAGGAACGCCGCUCGCUGA